GAAUGAAAUCCGAACUCGUGAACUGUUGAAUUCAGAAUUAUGUGAUGAUAUUUACAGAGUGGGUUAUGGGUACUGUGAUUCGGCAAUGAGAUAAACGCGGGAAAACCUCAAAUCCAAUUUGCCCUUUAUCCUAAACCAGAGCCAGACAGGAUCCAAGCUCACCAAAUUUCUGUAAACUUUGCUAUUAGUUGAGGAGUGAUAUUGGCAAUGAGUCCCUUGUUCGGGGAAAUGGAGAAAGAGAAGAGAAUGAUAAUGGGGAAGAAGAAAGGGGAGGCGAUGGAGGUGCUCAGGAAGUCAUGGUACCAUUUGAGGCUGUCGGUUCGGUAUCCUGCUAGGGUUUCGACGUGGGACGCCAUCCUGCUCACUGCAGCCAGCCCCGAGCAGGCGGAGCUUUAUGAAUGGCAGCUCCAGAGGGCAAAGCGUGUGGGUCGCAUCGCGCCCUCCACAAUUGCCCUCUCUGUCCCGGAUCCGGAGGGAGCUCGCAUUGGAUCUGGUGCUGCCACCCUCAAUGCCCUCCACGCUCUAUCCUGCCACUUGAUUCACCCCUCUAAUACCCAGGUACCAAAUGCUGAAAUUGCCUUUUCACAGUCUUUGGAACUACGUGACAGGGUUAAUGAUGGGGAUUCAAUCACAUCAGCUGUUAAAAAAUCAAUGGAAAAAAUGCGCAUACUCCUGCUGCAUGCCGGGGGUGACUCGAAGAGGGUUCCAUGGGCCAACCCAAUGGGCAAAGUCUUCCUACCACUUCCAUAUCUUGCGUCUGAUGAUCCUGAUGGACCAGUUCCACUGCUUUUUGACCAUGUACUUGCCAUUUCCUCUAGUGCAAUACAAGCUUUUGAGAACAAAGGUGGGCUUCUUAUCAUGACUGGAGAUGUUCUCCCUUGUUUUGAUACUUCUAGUAUGGUUCUUCCAGAUAAUGCAUCCUGCAUCAUUACAGUUCCUAUUACCCUUGAUGUUGCACGUAACCAUGGUGUGGUCGUGACAUCUACCAUUGAAAAUUUGGAGCAAAACUCUGGAAGAGAGCUAAACUUGGUUGAAAAUCUUCUACAGAAGCCAUCUUUGAAGGAACUUGAAGCUAACAACGCUAUACGACAAGAUGGUAGAACUUUGCUUGAUACUGGGAUAAUAUCAGUUAGAGGUAAAGCAUGGGCAGAUCUUCUUUUGCUUUCGAGUUCAAGUCCAUCGAUGAUUUCGGAGCUUUUGAGAUGUGGAAAGGAGAUGAGCUUAUAUGAGGAUCUGGUAGCAGCCUGGGUACCUGCAAAACAUAAUUGGCUGAAGUCACGCCCUCUGGGGAUAGAGUUGGUCAGUGGCUUAGGAAAUCAGAAUCUCUUUAGCUAUUGUGCAUUUGACCUCUCCUUCUUGCAUUUUGGCACUUCUACUGAAGUCUUGGAUCAUUUGGGAGAGGCUCAUUCAAGAUAUGUUGGACGUCGGCAUUUAUGUUCCAUACCAGCAACCACAGAAUGUGAUAUUGCAGCAUCUGCUGUUAUCCUUUCAAGUAAACUAGCUCCUGGCGUCUCAAUUGGGGAGGAUUCUUUGAUUUAUGAUUCCUCACUUUCCACUGGUGUUCAGAUUGGAUCUAGAUGCAUCAUUGUUGGUGUUCACUUACAAAGAGAAAAUAUUGUAGGCUCCAUUGGAAAUUCUUCUUGGUUCAUACUGCCAGAUCGCCAUUGCCUUUGGGAAGUUCCAUUGGUUGGGUGCUCUCAAAGAGUCAUUUUAUUUUGUGGGCUCCAUGACAACCCAAAAAGUUCACAUGCCAAAGAUGGUACCUUUUGUGGAAAACCGUGGAAGAAGGUUUUGCAUGAACAUGGUAUUCAGCAGAGUGAGCUGUGGAAUACUUCAGAUGCUCAAGAACAGUGCUUAUGGAAUGCUAAGAUCUUUCCUGUUUUACCUCGUCAUGAAAUGCUCAGUUUAGCAAUGUGGCUUUUGGGCUUGAGGUUGUACAACAAUGAAGAUAUGUUGUCUUUAUGGAGAAAUUCGUAUCGGGUGAGUUUGGAGGAGAUACACAGAUCGAUUGACUUUAGACAACUUUGCUUGGACUCCAGUAUCCAUCAGGCAGAUCUUGCUGCUGGGAUAGCUAAGGCUUGCAUUAGCUAUGGUUUGUUUGGACGCAACUUGUCUCGGCUAUGUACUGAAAUAUUGCAGAAUGAAGUAUCAGGAACUACUGCUUGCAAGAAUUUUCUUACACUUUGUCCAAAUCUACAGGCCUUAGACUCAGGAAUUCUUCCUCGAAGUAGAGCGUAUCAGGUCCAAGUUGAUCUUCACAAGGCAUGUGGUGAAGACGAAAUUGCAUGUAAUAUUGAGCAUGAUGUAUGGAGUUCUGUUGCUGAGGAGACGGCUGCAGCUGUGAAAUAUGGGCUUGAAGGUUCGGCAACUUCUCAGAAUACUGGUGAUGCUAAUGGGAAAAAUCCUCUUUACCCAAAAAGAGCGAGGGUGGAGUUACCAGUUCGUGUAGAUUUUGUUGGGGGUUGGAGUGAUACCCCACCGUGGAGCUUGGAGCGCAUCGGUCGUGUUCUGAAUAUGGCAAUAAGUUUGGAGGAUUGUCUUCCCAUUGGCACUGAGAUUGAGACAACAUCAACAAAAGGAGUGACUAUUGAUGAUGAUGCUGGAAACCAAACAUACAUUGAGGAUGCCAACUCAAUUCAUACACCAUUCAAUGAAGAAGACCCAUUUCGUCUUGUCAAAUCUGCACUUAUUGUGACUGGCAUCAGUCAAGGAAAAAUACCGUUAUCAACAGGCCUGCAGAUUAGGACAUGGGCUAAAGUUCCUCGUGGUAGUGGCUUGGGGACUUCCAGCAUUUUAGCUGCAGCAGUUUUGAAGGGACUCCUUCAUAUAAUGGAAGGGGAUGAAAGCAAUGACAAUGUCGCGGGGCUUGUUUUGGUCUUGGAACAGAUAAUGGGCACCGGUGGAGGUUGGCAAGAUCAAAUUGGAGGUCUCUAUCCUGGCAUUAAAUGCACGACUAGCUUCCCUGGAAAACCUUUACGCCUUCAUGUAAUCCCCCUUACUGCCGCACCUCAGAUGGUCUUGGAGCUGGAACAGCGACUAUUGGUGGUAUUUACUGGGCAAGUUCGGUUGGCUCACCAAGUUCUGCAAAAGGUGGUGGUUAGAUAUCUUCAACGUGACAGCCUACUCAUAUCCAGCAUCAAGCGGCUUGCUGAGCUUGCCAAGAUUGGCCAAGAGGCUCUUAUGAAUUGUGAAGUGGAUGAGCUCGGGGAUAUCAUGUUAGAGGCAUGGCGGAUUCAUCAGGAAUUAGACCCCUACUGUAGUAAUGAGUUUGUAGACCAGUUAUUCAAGUUUGCGAGUCAAUUUUGCUGUGGCUACAAGCUUGUUGGGGCUGGCGGUGGUGGGUUUGCCUUGCUGCUUGCCAAGGACAAGGAUCGGGCUAAACAACUUAGGAAUUCACUCAAGUCUUCAGAUUUUAAUGUAACCGUGUACAAUUGGAGCAUUUAUUUAGAUGGUGUGGCAUAGAUUUGAAA